AUGAAUAGAGUAUUUCGCAUGAUCCAGCUUAAUGUUAGAAAGCAAGGCGAAGUACAUGACAGCCUGAUGAACGACGAAGAGUUGCAAGACGUGUCGGUGGUAGCUAUCCAGGAGCCGCAUGCACGGAGGACCCAGGGUCGGCUGCUGACGACGCCCAUGCUCCAUCACAAGUGGACCAAGAUGGUGCCAUCGACCUGGCGAGAAGGAAGGUGGCCGAUACGGAGCAUGCUGUGGGUGAAUAGAGAAGUAGAAGCGGAACAGGUACGGGUAGAGUCGCCGGACCUGACAGCAGCGAUUAUCCGACUACACGAGCGUCGGGUGUUGGUGGUGUCGGUGUACAUACCAGGAGGAGAUCAGCAAGCACUGCGAGACGCAUGCAACAAGCUAGAUACGGUGAUUGAGGAUGCAAGAAGAAGGGCUGGCACGGUAGUGGACGUGGUGCUGGCCGGAGAUUUCAAUCAGCACGACCAGCUGUGGGGAGGAGAGGAUGUGACGCUGGUUAGACAGGGCGAGGCAGACCUGAUCAUCGAUCUGAUGACAGAACACGCGCUCAGCAGCCUGCUCCCGCGCGGCACCAAGACGUGGCAGUGCGGAGACUACGAGACGACAAUCGACCUGGUGUUAGCGUCAAAAGAGCUGGCAGACACGGUGCUAAGAUGCGCUGCCCACGACACCGAACACGGCUCCGACCACCGAAUGAUCGAGACGGUCUUCGACAGCUCCGUGCCAGUGCCGCAGCAGCGAGAGCGGCUUCUGCUAAAGAACGCACCGUGGAAAGCAAUCAACGACAGGAUCGCCAGAACGCUCAGCGUGACUCCGCCAGCGGGCACGACGCAGCAGAGGACCGACAGACUGAUGGCGGCGGUGCUGGAGGCGGUACACGCACUGACACCCAGGGCCAGGCCGUCACCAUAUGCAAAGAGGCCGGACCUAGAGGAGACUGCAAAGGGAGCGUCGAAGCAGUACCAUGAUGCCAUUCGACAGCAAAAGAGAAAGCACUGGGAUGACUUCCUGGCAGACAACGACAACAUCUGGAACGCGGCCAAGUACCUGAAGGCGGGCAGCGAGGCGUUCGGGACAGUCCUAGCACUUCGCAGAACGGACGGGACAACUACGAGCGACUAUGAGGAACAAGCUGAGGAGCUGCUCAGCACCUUCUUCCCUCCGCUUCCCAGCAGCAUCGACGACGAGGGAGCCAGGCCGCAGAGAGCACCCGUGGAAAUGCCGGCCAUCACGCUCGAGGAGGUGGAAAGGCAGCUACACGCCGCCAAAUCAUGGAAAGCACCCGGAGACGACGGACUGCCUGUCAUAGUGUGGAAGCAGGUCUGGCCGGUAGUGAAAGACCAUGUGCUUGCGCUAUUCCGACAGUCGCUGGAGGAGGGAGCGCUGCCCAGUCAAUGGAGACACGCCAGGAUAAUACCGCUCAAGAAGCCAGGCAAGGAAGACUACACUAUCGCAAAAGCAUGGAGGCCGAUCUCACUGCUGGCCACUCUAGGCAAAGUGCUAGAGUCGGUGGUGGUAGAGAGGAUUUCGCACAUGGUAGAGAAACACGGGCUUCUGCCCACCAACCACUUCGGAGCGCGCAAGCAGCGAUCAGCCGAGCAAGCACUAGUGCUGCUCCAAGAACAGAUUUAUACCGCGUGGCGGGGUCGGCGGACUGUCAGCCUGAUCAGCUUCGAUGUCAAGGGAGCGUACAACGGGGUGUGCAAGGAAAGACUGCUGCAGAGGAUGAAGGCACGAGGCAUACCACAGAAGCUGCUGAGGUGGGUAGAGGCAUUCUGCUCAGAGCGCACAGCGUCAAUCCAGGUCAACGGACAGGCUUCUAAGGUCCAAGAACUGCCACAAGCAGGUCUGCCGCAAGGGUCUCCGUUAUCGCCAAUUCUGUUUCUCUUCUUCAACGCCGAUCUGGUGCAACGACGUAUUGACACGUACGGAGGCGCGAUCGCGUUCGUUGAUGACUUCACUGCGUGGGUCACAGGCCCGACGGCGCAAAGCAAUAGAGAAGGUAUCAACGCCAUCAUCCGAGACGCACUAGACUGGGAACGGAGAAGCGGAGCGACGUUUGAAGCAGAAAAAACGGCCGUUAUCCACUUUACUCGCAAGGCGUAUAAGAGUGCCACGGAGCCCUUCGUUAUUAAGGGGCAGAGUGUAUCGCCCAAAGACCACGUCAAGAUACUCGGCGUGCUCAUGGACGCCAGGCUCAAGUACCACAAGCACAUCGCAAGAGCAGCCGCGAAGGGACUGGAAGCAGCACUGGAACUCAGGAGGCUGAGAGGGCUCUCACCCACAGUGGCGCGACAGCUGUUCACAGCGACAGUCGCGCCGACAGUAGACUACGCGUCGAACGUGUGGAUGCAUGCCUGCAAAGACAAGCUGGUAAGACCCAUCAAUAGGGUGCAAAGAAUAGGUGCACAAGCGAUCGUAGGGACGUUCCUCACGGUGGCGACAUGGGUGGCAGAGGCAGAGGCGCACAUCCCAAGUGCACAAGAGCGGUUCUGGAAGCGGGCAGUCAAGCUGUGGACGGACAUCCACGCGCUACCGGAGACCAACCCAUUGCGAAGAAACACAUCACGGAUGCGAAAGUUUAGAAGACAGUACCGCUCGCCGCUAUUCCAGGUGGCAGAAGCGCUCAAGGACAUAGACAUGGAGCAGAUGGAGACAAUCUGGCCGUGCAUCCUGGCACCAUGGGAGAAGAGAGUGUAG